UCAGAUAUGAGUAAUUUUGCAAAGCCAAAGCCACAUGCUGUGUUGAUUCCAGCUCCAUUUCAAGGCCAUAUCAAUGCAUUGUUCAAUCUAGGAAAGCUUCUUCACCUUAGAGGCUUUCACAUAACCUUUGUCAACACUGAAUACAAUCACAAACGCUUGCUCAAAUCAAGAGGUCCAAAUUCUCUUGAUGGUUUCAGUGACUUUAAGUUUGAGACCAUACCAGAUGGUCUAACUCCAAUGGAAGGCAAUGGUGAUGCUACUCAAGACAUAUACCCUCUUGUGCAAUCAAUCAUGACGAACUUCCUUCAACCCUUUGAUGAACUUCUUACUAGACUUCAUCAAUCUGCCAAUGAUGGUUUUAUUCCACCAAUUACUUGCUUGGUUUCCGAUUGUUACAUGCCUUUUACAAUAGAUGCUGCGGAAGAACAUGCACUCCCAAUCCUUUUCUUUUCUCCAUGCAAUGCAUCUACGUUCUUGUGUACUUUUCAAUUUCCUACUCUGAUUCGAAAAGGUCUACUACCACUCAAAGAUGAGAGUUAUCUAACAAAUGGAUAUUUAGAUAAUAAAGUUGGUGACUGGAUUCAAGGUUUGCAAAACUUUAGGUUGAAGGACCUUCCUGAUUUUACAAGGAUUACAGAUCCUAAUGAUUUGAUGAUAAAAUUUAUUACCGAAGUGGCGGAUAGAUGUCACCGAGCCUCUUCUAUUGUUAUCAAUACUUCAUAUGAACUUGAGAGUGAUGUUAUGAAUGCUCUCUACUCUAUGUUCCCUUCUAUAUACACCAUUGGCCCAUUUGCUUCAUUUUUAAAUCAAAGUCCACAAAAUCACUUGGCAUCUUUAAAUUCCAAUCUUUGGAAAGAAGAUACUAAAUGUCUUGAGUGGCUUGAAUCAAAAGAACCAAGAUCUGUUGUUUAUGUAAAUUUUGGUAGCAUCACAGUUAUGUCACGAGAGAAGCUCUUAGAGUUUGCUUGGGGUUUGGCCAACAGCAAGAACCCUUUUUUGUGGAUAAUUAGGCCUGAUCUUGUCAUUGGGGGCUCAGUUGUUUUGUCAUCUGAUUUUUUUAAAGAAAUUUCAGAUAGAGGACUAAUAGCAAGUUGGUGUCCACAAGAUAAAGUGUUGAACCACCCUUCGAUUGGUGGAUUCUUGACUCAUUGCGGAUGGAAUUCAACCACUGAAAGCAUAUGUGCUGGAGUGCCAAUGUUGUGUUGGCCAUUCUUUGGUGAUCAGCCAACAAACUGUAGAUUUAUUUGCUAUGAAUGGGAGAUUGGACUCGAAAUCAAUACAAAUGUGAAGAGAGAUGACGUCGAGAAGUUAGUCAAUGAAUUGAUGGUGGGAGAGAAAGGAAAUAUGAUGAAGCAAAAUGUCUUGGAGUUGAAGAGGAAGGCAGAAGAGAACACAAGACCUGGUGGUUUUUCAUACAUGAACUUGGACAAAGUUAUUAAGGAGGUCAUGCUUAAACAAUACUAGAUUGAAGUCAUUUAUUCUAGGAAUUGUAGUUGUGUAAUCUCCUCUUGAAUUUGUUUUAUUGUCAAAAAAUAUGAUGCAUUUAGU